AUGGAAGCUCUCCUCUCCGUCGCAUUCGACAACCUCUCAUCCUACAAUGGCCCCAAGGUCCGCAAGGGUCUUCGUCAGAUCGAGGGUCUGCUAGCCCAGAUCUGCCUGUCCAACCCCUCCUCGUCCUCGUCCUCGUCGUCGUCGUCCAGACCGUCGACUAGCGGGUCGUCGUCAGUCUCGCCCGUCUCUCCUUCGUCUUCCGAUGCUGCUCCCUCUGGGCGCAAGGACCUCGGCCAGCUCUCGCACGACCCUGCCUUUCGUCAGUUCUUCAAGCUCCAGGAGGGAUUCGAGUGGAACGUCGCCAUGCGGCUCAUCGGCACGCUAGACCGCCUCAUGGCCCAGGGGACGGAUGGCCAGAACGACCUGCUCAUCCUGAGCUCCCUCGACCUCAUCCAGGGUAUUCUCCUGCUGCAUCCCCCCAGCAAGACUCUGUUCUCCCGAGAGCAGAACAUGAAUCUCCUCCUCGACCUCCUCGAACCCUACAACUGCCCGGCCAUCCAGUCGGCCACCCUCCUCACACUCGUCGUCGCCCUCAUCGACACCCCACGCAACACGCGCACCUUUGAGGCGCUGGACGGCCUCCUCACCGUCACGUCCCUCUUCAAGUCGCGCUCCACCUCGCGCGAGGUCAAACUCAAGCUCGUCGAGUUCCUCUACUUCUACCUCAUGCCCGAGAUGCCCUCCAUCCCCCGCGCCGAGCAGACGGACUCGCUCCCACACAUGCUGCAGCGCAGCCCUAGCAAGUUCGCCGACGCCUUCUCCUCCUCCUCCUCCUCCUCCUCCACCUCCUCGUGCUCCUCGCGCGACUCUUCGGCAUCGUUUGGCUCGUCCUCGUCCUCGGCCGGAGGCCCGCACCGUCGCCGCACCGACAGCGACGCCGGCUGCAAGCUGUCCACCGCUGACAAGCAGGAGUUCCUCGGUCGCUACCUCAGCAACGUCGAUGACCUGGUCAAGGAUCUCGGGAACUACGCUCCCUUUGGCGGCGCCGUCUGCUGA